UACAAUUAGGGCGACAGAGUCAUUACUCUGGGGAUGAGGGUAAGGAGGAAUUCACGUCAGUUCAGCACCGUGACUUGUACUCAGCCCCGCGCAUAUGUUAGCUCAUUCAAGGCUCUGAACCACCUGCCAGGGAAGGUACUAUUCUUGUUCCCAUUUAUGGAUGAAGAGGGAGAUGGGACUCAGAGCAUAUUAAUCCCAGAAAUAUUUACUGAGCUCCUCCUACAUGCAGGCACUAUGCUGGAAGUUAAAUAGCUUGCUUAAGGCCACAGGCCCAUGUUCACAGAAAUGGACCCAUGACUUCUUUCUUGAAGGGCUGUAUUGUUUUAAAGCAGGCGUGACUUGCAAAGAGGAGGUGGGGUAAUGAGGGUAGGAGGCUUGCCAAAGGGAUGAGGUUAACAGCAAGAGAACCAAAGGCAAGCUUGGAGCCGGCUGGCACUACAGGAUGUCCUAGAAGUCCUCAGCAAAAUCCACAGUACAACACAAGAGGUGCCGCAGCCCUCUUGUAACCACAAGCUACAACAAGUCGGGGUGAUAGAGCAAGAAGACAGGUGGAGCCUGUGUCCUUGAAACCAUGAAGCUGCUAGGACAGCCAUUGACUGCCUAUCCCUGGUCUACAUAUGAGCAUAUGAGAUAAAUCUUGGUUUUAAGUCAUCAUUACCAGAUUCUUUAUUCCUUGAAGCUGCACCCAGUCCUAACUGAUAGUUGAUGAGAUCUGUUUUGUGCCUCAGGGACACAGGAGGAAGAAGACUCAUUUAUGGAGCAUCUUCCGUGUGCCAGAUCCUUCAUAGACACUCUUAGUCAGUCCCUACAAUGACUCCACCACUUCCGUUAUUCCCACUCCACAGACGAAGGUGAGACACAAAGAAAUGCACCCAAGGCCACCUAUCUAGAUCAUGGCAGUAUUGGGUUUCACGCUCAGGCUGGCCUGGCUCCCAAACCCGUGUACUUUACCCCAAACCUUGAUGUCACUUACAGACAUAAGUGUGUGGGUGAUUCAAGUUUUAAAAAAAACAAAACACUUUAGGAUUUACCAGUGCUUGGCAUGUGGUCAUUGAUAAUUAUUGAUGUCAGCGACGAUAGAUUCCAGAGUGCUCACUCCACUGCUCCAGCUGAAGAUUACCUACUAUCACUGGGCAUCACUGGGAGGACAAAUUAUGAAGAUUUCUCUCACCUAAGGCCAAACUUCAAGCUUCAAGAUGCAUUUGCAUUGGCCUGGAGACCCAUGUUCAUUCCAGGAUGCAAGGAUGCAGGAGCCAAGACCAAGGAGGCUGCUCAACUGGUUUGCAGCCAGAACGACCAUUUCCAAGGGCAAGUCCAAGCUGUCACUUCUCCCUCCAUGAGGCACCCAGUGUGUCCCGUUUUAGACUCUUCUGUUGGCAUGAAUAUCAUUGUAAAGAGUUUCUCCUGCUUUGUGACAUUCCUGACUUCAACUACAAAGUCUUUGAGAGCAGAAACCAAGACCCCUUUUCUCUGGGCUCCGAAAGGGCCCACCCAAGGCCUGGCACUGAGCAGAGCUGAGUAAAAGUGGGGUGAAUCAGAAUGCAAUAAUAACACUUUCUGCCCAAUGAAUGCUCAGUAGGCACUAAUGACUGCAUAUUUGAGCCCAUUUUCAUUACCACAACAACCUGUAAGGGUAAAAUCAUUAACGCUUUUGUGGGGAGGACGAAUCUAAUAAUGAUGAUAAAGAGAAUGACAGUCAAUAUAUUCUUAAGCUCUUAUUAUGCACCAAGCACUGUGCUAAGCACCCUAGGAAUUAUAUCCUGUUAUUAAAUUCCCCAUUUCACAGCCAAGUAAAGAGAGGCUCAGAGUGAUCAAGGUCACCUGCUCAAGGUCGCCUGGCCAAUAAGUGGCAGAGCCCGGCAUUUGAGCCUAGGACCGUGAAACUCUAAAGCUGAAAUCAUCCCAGUACAUGCAUUGGUCAGACGGGAGAGAAAAGGAAGCCUGUGUGGGGUCAGCGUUCAAGGAGGGCAAACUGACAGAAGGGAGAAGAGGCUAACCCAGAGCAGUAGCCAAGAAGAGGGGAGGAGAAUGUGGGCAGAGGGGCUGCGUGGAAAGGGGCAGAAACCAAAAAGGAGCAGCACCUACCCUGCGCUUCCCUGCCCAGCUCUGGAACCUCAGGUACUGCCUGGCCUCCAGGAACCUGGGUGCUCGUCAGGCCAGGUACAUCCUAGAAGCAGACUUUGGGGACUGACACAGAGACAGACACUUCUCAGGAGAGGUUCUGAAGGAUUCUGGAAUCCAGUGUUCACAUCUGCUUUCUGCACCCUUGCAAUCCUUGCAGGUUUGAGUACAAGCCUAGAAGGCUUCCAGUGCUUCAGGCCUCACAGGAUGGAGACCAAGCCCCCCUACUGGCGGGGAAAUCCCUCCGUGGUGGUGACCUGAAUUUUCAGGGAAGAUCGACCAGAGCCACUGUGAGCUGUGAGAAUAGCUUGGCAGGGCCAUUCUCACUGGCUACAAGCGUGCUGGCCAGUUGAAGCCGCUGUGUCCUGUGCUGGCUUCAGGCUCUGCUCUCUUGGCUGCAUUUGGGGCCAAGUUCCCGUUGGGAGGCCAAGUCAGCAAAUUGCCUUCUCCAGUGUCCUGGAGGAAACUGAAUGUUUAAGGCCUGCAUUCAGCUGAAACAGAACAUCGAAGCACUUUUGCAUUUCUUGCAUUCAAGAGCAAGGCUGCAGGCAAUAACAUGAUGCCAUGGCUAAGAGGAUGGGUCCUCCAGGUGCUGAGAAAUGCCCGAGGAUUCUGUGGGCCUCACAGGCAGCAACCACCUCUACCUGACCCUCAGAAGAUUGUGGCCACCUGGGAAGCCAUCACCCUAGGGAGGCAGCCAGUGCCUGAGUACUUCAACUUUGCCCAUGAUGUGCUGGACAUGUGGAGUCAGCUGGAAAAGGCUGGGCACCGGCCCCGGAUCCCUGCCUUCUGGUGGGUCAAUGGCAAGGGAGCAGAGAUCAAGUGGAACUUUGAGGAGCUGGGGGAGCAGUCCAGGAAGGCGGCUAAUGUGCUCCAGGGCAUGUGUGGCCUUCAGCCUGGGGACAGGAUGAUGCUGGUGCUCCCUCGGCUCCCAGAGUGGUGGCUGGUCAGUGUGGCAUGCAUACGGACAGGAGCUGUCAUGAUUCCAGGUGUCUCUCAGCUGACAGAGAAGGACCUCAAAUAUCGGCUGCAGGCAUCCAGGGCCAAGUCCAUUAUCACCAGUGACUCCCUGGCUCCGCGGGUGGACGCCAUUAGCGCUGACUGCCCCUCCCUCCAGUCCAGGCUACUGGUGUCAGACAGCAGUCGGCCAGGCUGGAUGAACUUCAGGGAACUCCUCCGCGAGGCAUCCGCAGAGCACAACUGUGUGAGGACCAAGAGUCAAGACCCUCUGGCCAUCUACUUCACAAGUGGCACCACUGGGGCCCCCAAGAUGGUUGAGCACUCCCAGGCCAGCUAUGGACUGGGUUUUGUGGCCAGUGGAAGGCGGUGGGUGGACUUGACCAAAUCGGACAUCUUCUGGAACACGUCUGACACUGGCUGGGUAAAGGCAGCUUGGACCCUCUUCUCUGCCUGGCCUCAUGGAUCUUGUAUUUUUGUGCAUGAGCUGCCCCGAGUUGAUGCCAAGAUUAUUCUGAAUACUCUCUCCAGGCUCCCGAUCACCACCCUCUGCUGUGUCCCCACCAUCUUCCGGCUGCUGGUACAGGAGGAUCUCACCAGGUACCAGUUUCAGAGCCUGAGGCACUGUUUGACUGGAGGAGAGGCAUUAAAUCCUGACGUGAGAGAGAAGUGGAAGGGCCAGGUGGGCCUGGAGCUGCAUGAAGGCUAUGGCCAGUCUGAAACAGUUUUAAUCUGUGCCAAUACAAAAGGCAUGAAAAUCAAGUCUGGAUCCAUGGGGAUGGCAUCCCCACCUUACGAUGUGCAGAUCGUGGACGAUGAGGGCAACGUCCUGCCUCCAGGAGAAGAGGGUAAUAUUGCUGUCCGAGUCAGGCCCACCCGGCCCUUCUGUUUCUUCAGUUGCUAUUUGAACAAUCCUGAGAAGACAGAGGCUUCAGAACGAGGAGACUUUUACAUCACGGGGGACCAAGCCCACAAGGACAAGGAUGGCUACUUUUGGUUCACAGGAAGAAAUGACGAUGUGAUCAAUUCCUCAAGCUACCGGAUUGGGCCCGUUGAAGUGGAAAAUGCCCUUGCUGAGCACCCUGCUGUUCUGGAGGCUGCUGUGGUCAGCAGCCCGGAUCCCAUCAGAGGAGAGGUGGUGAAGGCAUUUAUUGUCCUUUCUCCAGCUUACUCCUCUCAAGAUCCUAAGAAACUUACUCAGGAGCUCCAGGAGCAUGUGAAAAGGGUGACAGCUCCAUACAAGUACCCCAGGAAGGUGGCCUUUGUUUCAGAACUGCCCAAGACGGUUUCUGGAAAGAUCCAAAGGAAUAAAUUGAGAAGCCAAGAGUGGGGGGAGAUGAGAGGCAACCUCCAAAAGGCCCCAUAGGCCUCUGAAGCUUCUAAGAGGAACUGGUGGGAUCACUGGUUAGUCCUUGUUUGGAGCAUCAUCCCUUCAACCUGGUAGACGUCAAAGGCUUUCAGUUCCGAAUGGGCAUCUCCAGCCUCAUUGGAGGACCCUGGAAGAGAGCUGAAGAAUGUCACUAACCCAGAAUGCACAGCCCCUGCCAGUCUAGCAUAUGUUUGAUGGCUUGACUUCCCCCUCCUCUGUCUGAAGGCAUCCUCAGCAGCUGCCCACUGGUCUUACUUCCACCUGACACUCUGAAGGACAGGUCACCAUAAAGUCAGGGCUCCUGUGAUCUCAUUCACUGCUGGUGGGGGUGUAACCACUUGACCCUUUUUUGAUAAAGUCAUUUGGUAAUCAUAUCCAGGGCUAUGAAAAAUUGGUCCUACCUUUUAGCUCAGAAAUUCCAUCUUUGGCAAUCACUACAAAAGAAAGGAUUCACGGAUAUUUACCAGAGCAUUGUUUAAAACUGGUAAAAAAAAAAAAAAAAGGAAAAAAGAUCAAUGUCUAAUCAAUAGGACAAUGAUUAAAUUGUAGUAGAUUAACUCAAUAACAUAUUAUGUGACCUUUAAAAAUAUGCCUUGGGGCAAACUCGAGCUAAAUUAAUUUUAAAUCAGAAUAAACAUAAUAUAUGUAUAGAGAAUCAUAACUUUGAAAGGUGAGGGGAAAACUAUAAGCCUGAAAGGAAAUACUUAUGUUAAAAACAGUAUUCCUGGGGAUUGAAACUAGUGGAUGACAGUUUUCUCCUUUCCUCUGCGUUUCUCAAUUUUCCAAGCUUCCUCAGUGAACAUGUAUAACUAUUAUAAUGAAAAAAUUAUCUUAAAGAAACAAUUCCCCCAAACCACACUCUGCCUCCAACACAUCAUCCCCCGAAGACUAGUGUAUUACGUUGUGCCCACAAAAGACACAAGGACCCCAAACCAUAUCUCAGACCCAGAAACGGAUAGAAGUGGCUCUAGGACCAGCCAUGCAGAGACGAAGCAGAUGGAAGCUCAACGUGAUCUUCAGUGCUGCUUACCCAACCCCCAGGACCUUCA